CAACCCCGACUCGUUGUGCAGUCAGCGCUCACUCGCCCUGCACGUUCUUCGAACUUGUCUCGGACAUGUGCCCACUGAGUUGUGAUUAUUGAAUGUCGAUCAGUUGUCUGUCCCUGGUCGCCCUUGUAUACGAGUCAGCCUGGGCAUCCGUCCGUCUAGAAGGGACGGUUCCCAUUUUCCCAACCACCUCAUCGCGGGAACGUCCUCCACCGUGCCGCUGUGCGCUUAGAUCCUGAACCCCUUUUGAUCAUGUGCGACUUGGAAGCUGAGGGUUGGCAAAAAAGCAAUUUGUUUCGAUAGAUGACACUGUCCGGUUGCGAUCGCAGAUCCCCCUCCGGCUCCGCUUACGACUUCCUGGUGAAUCGAGCCCCGUCACUUCGUGGAGUGCAACACGCAGUCAAUCCACAUACGAGCUCUACGAUGCCCACCUGGCUGGUGCAUGGCUUUCGCUGGCCGCGCGCUCAAGUACGCAUCCACACCAUCCUACAAAACCUCGACGAUGUAGCUCCAGAGUGGGUCAUGGCGCCCGCGACCCAGGCCUGCCUGCACAAGAACUUCAAAGAACAAUGGCCUGAUAUCAUAGCACGACUACCCGGCCUGCGGUUCAUCGAACAGUACGAUCCAGACGACCUCACAGUAAAGGACCAGCCCUACGCGUACGUGUGCGAUCAGGUCCACGACAUCAAGCUAGGAAUAGACAUAGAUGAGGUACGAGGCGGCGGUGUUUCAGACGAGCAGUGGACAGCGAUAGCGGAACUAAGAGAUAAGGUCACACCAGAAGCAAAGCUGGGUUGGUUUGUGGUUGUCAAUGGCGACGUAGAGCGUUGGGCGCCGCCACUCGAGGAUGAGGAUGAGCUGGAAGACGAAGAGGACGAGGAAGAGGCUGAAACGAAGACCCUUAGCCCGCCGGCAAGAAGUCCGAGAAGUAGCGUAUGGAAAGGCAGUGGCAGCGAUGCAACGAAUGGACAAGAACCAGCGCGGCCUUCAACAAGCAGAAGCAUGAAGAACUGGAUUGGUGGAAUACUCCGGAAAACGCGAAGCUCCAAGAGUCUCAGAGGCGAAGCAACACGCACGAAGACUCCACCACCUGUACCACCGUUACCACCCAUGUUGCCGAAGGCAGCACUUCAGUCUCCGCCCAGAACGGCAAACGGGAAAGCACCAAUGCCACUUCGCCCAGCGAAAUGAAAAGAUGCGGAACUUCAGACGGGAAAGAUGACGAAUACACGACUACACGACAGCAUAUACAGGACCUUGUAGAUGACUUAUCGAAGCAUACACAGCAUGGCAUAGAAUGACCACUCCAAGAAUGCAAUGAGAUACAUGACUACGUCUGCAAGCAUCCUAUAGUGACAGUUC